AUGAUCAAGUACAUCCGGGAGAACAUUGACGUCCAGAACGUCGUCAUUGUCUCCCCGGACGCGGGAGGCGCCAAGCGCGCUACGUCGAUUGCCGACCGCCUCAACGUCGAGUUUGCCCUGUUCCACAAAGAGCGCAAGCGCGCCAACGAGGUGUCCCGCAUGGUCCUCGUCGGUAGCGUCAAGGGCAAGGUUGCCAUUCUCGUCGACGACAUGGCCGACACUUGCGGCACUCUAGGCCUUGCCGCCCGCAACCUCCUCGAGGCUGGCGCGUCCAAGGUCUACGCCAUCGUCACCCACGGUAUUCUCUCGGGCCCCGCGCUCAAGUGCAUCUCCGAGUCGGGCAUGGAGAAGCUAGUCAUCACGAAUACGAUCCCGCAGGGCGACAACCUCGAGAAGUGCGACAAGAUCGAGGUCGUCGACGUCUCCCCCGUCCUCGCCGAGACCAUCAGGCGGAGUCACUUUGGAGAGUCGGUCUCGUACCUCUUCCACGAGGUGCCGUUUGGCAACGGCCUCUAA